UAAAACAUUGUUUACUAAGCAAUCUGUACAGGCAGAUAUCAAAGUAAAUAAUGAUAAAUGUAAUCAGUGAACUGUAGCCAAACAUGUAUUAUAAUGCGACCAUGAUUUCUGCGUGGCAUAACCUUAAAAAGAAAUUACAGGAACUGACAGAUUCAAAAAAAUGACAUAAUACGUUUUAUCUAUUAAUUGAAACUCAUGCAAUUGAAAUUGUAGUUGAAUUAGGAUAAUUUAUACACCGCUGCCCUAACAUUUAUAUUCUGGACAAAUUUUGUUUAAUAAAAGAUUAUUCGAAUCGACGUUUUAAUAUAAAAGUAUUUGAUUCAAAAUGGUAUAAAAAUAACUUAUUAAUACUUUGAUGAUGCUUUUUAUACGAUAAAUACAAUAUAGUUUAUAUUUACUAUAUAUUAAUUUUUUCAAUAAAGAAGUACACUGCCACAUUAAUUUAAACAAAUAUUAACGAUAAACUAAAUUAAGUAUUAAUAACGAUGGAGUUAGAAAAUCGAAUGUUUUCAAAGUUCGUAUAUAUCGCAAUUGUUGUUUCAGUAUACUGGAUAAUUUCUAUAUUAACAGUAUUUAUAAACAAAGCUCUUUUAUCCAGCGAACUUAUAAAUUUAGAUGCACCACUUUUUGUAACAUGGUGUCAAUGUAUAGUAAGCUUAAUUAUUUGUGCAACUCUUAAUAAUCUAUCAAAAUGGUUCCCAAACCAUAUUAAGUUUUCAAGUGGGAAUCCGUAUACUAGAGAAAAUCUUAGGAAGGUAUUACCAUUGUCCCUUUUGUUUACUGGGAUGAUAGCAACUAACAAUUUAUGUUUGAAAUAUGUUGAUGUUGCAUUUUAUUAUGUAGGACGUUCUCUAACAACUGUAUUUAAUGUCAUUUUCACAUAUCUUAUACUGGGUCAAAAGACUUCUGCAAAAUGCAUUGCAUGCUGUGGAUUUAUUGUGAUCGGAUUUUGGCUUGGUGUGGGUCAAGAACACGUUGCUGGUUCUUUAUCUAUUGUAGGAACAAUUUUUGGUGUACUUGGAUCAUUAACACUUUGUUUAUAUUCCAUUCAUAUGAAGCAAGUUCUUCCAAAAUUAAACCAAGAUAUUUGGUUACUUUCUUAUUACAACAAUGCGUACAGCGUUUUUAUAUUUCUUCCACUAAUGAUAGCAAAUGGAGAACAUCUUACAGUAUAUAAUUACGAUAAAAUUGGGUCCCUAUUAUUUUGGUCUGCUAUGGUUGUCGGUGGUAUUUGUGGAUUUGCUAUUGGCUAUGUUACAGCACUCCAAAUAAAAGUAACAUCUCCUUUGACACAUAACAUCAGUGGAACUGCUAAAGCUUGUGCUCAAACAAUUUUGGCAACUUACUGGUUCAAUGAAGAAAGAUCAUUUAUGUGGUGGAUAAGUAAUGUAAUUGUUCUUGGCGCUAGUGCAAUGUAUGCCAGAUUAAGACAACUUGAUUUAAGCAGAGAAUACAAAGAGGAUAAACAACAAUUACUGUAAAAAGAAUAAUAUAAAACUGAACUGUGAAAUUUAAUUAUAUUAAAUACAUACCUACCUAGAUAAAAGUACAUACUUUAUAUAUAACAUAGACAAAUUUAUUAUAUCUUUUAUUGUAUAAAAAAUGGUGUAAAAAUAAGUA